AUGAAGCUUGAUAGAGAGACAAAACAUAAACAUCAACUCAUUGUGAACGCCAAGGAUCAUGGGACUCCAUCUUUGUCGAGUAACGUGACUGUUGACGUCAUUGUCACUGAUACAAACGAUCAGAAUCCUGUACUUGUAAUCGACAAUAAGAUACUUGAAAUACUAGAGAAUGCAACGAUAGGAAGCAUCGUAACUCGUGUUUAUGCUACUGACGCUGAUUUAAGUGAAAAUGCUAAGAUAGGUUAUAGAAUUGUCAGUGGAAAUGAUGAUGGAGUUUUUGAAAUCAAUAACAAAACUGGAAUAGUGUUCACCGUCAAAACAAUGGAUCAUGAAUCUUUACAACAAUAUCAGAUUGGUGUCCAGGCCUACGACUUUGGCUCGCCGAGUCUUCAGUCCGAUAUUCAAGUCAUCACAAUCAACAUCCGGGAUGUAAAUGACAAUCGUCCAUUUUUCUUUCAGAAAAGUGUUACCUUAAGUGUCUUUGAAAACAAGGCACCCGGUUCAUUUGUAGGAGGAAAUGGGGCAAAUAUUUUUGCCAUUGGUGAAACAAGUGGUACUAUCACAACGACAAAAUCUCUCAUAUUCGUCUUGGUAGAUGAUCAACGAGUCCGUUUAACAUUAGGAAUCAAUGAUACAGAGUAUGUACGCAACAACAUAGAUAAAAUUAAGAGAAUUCUCGACGAAGCUACAGGUCUGGAGUUUAAUAUUGAUAACAUUCAGUAUCAUCUUCAAGACAACGGAAGAUACGACUUAUCAAAGACGGACAUCUUCAUGCAUGCUGUUGAUCCAAAAACAAACCAAGUUGUGGACAAACGCAAGGCAUUAAGCCAAAGCAAGCAGACAUUGAAAAUAAAGGUUUUGACACAGUACUAA